CACUGUUAUUAGAUAAGGUCCUGCCGGUGGUGACGUACGGAUAACGAGGGCUCUGUUGUUGUCGCGAAUGCCUGCAAAAAUCACCCACUUCGAGCGAGGGUACGUGUAGGUGGUAGUGGUCGUAUUGUUUUAUCUGAUCAGAUCAACAAGCCCCUGGGGACGGGUGCUGGGUAUAAAACCGUGCUCCUUGGAGAUGUGAAAUCUUUGACUUGAUAGUUCUCGACCGAGCCUAUACGAGAUACAUUGCCGUGUCGUCUACCGCGAACAAAUCUCUGGCCACACAAACGCACACCCACACGAGAGGCUCGGUACAAGAAAGUGAAUCGAAACCUGUCGCACCGAGCACUAGCAGCAAAAGAAACUUUCCAUUUCUACGGUGUCAACGGUGUUCCAGUCGAUCUCCUUCUCGUUCCUACGAUGGAUCUCUUCCUGUUGUGAUUGUUGCUGACUGUUGUGUGUCAAUGUUUUCGAAACCGAACCACAACCUUAUUUCCACGGAGUUGGUCGUCGUGUUGCGAAAGAGUCGAAAGUUACGAGCAGAUCCUUAAAAGUACCGCCUAGUAGCACUUUACCACUUUACCACAAAAAAAAACACCGGAAGUAUUCACUCUCUGAUGGCUAAGAGCAACCACAAUCAAUUAGGAUGCUACGUCAUGAUCGCACUUUUCGUGGCCGGAAAGGUGCAGUGCCUACCGGACCGAGCGGAACCAGCGGGACAGCUGACGAAGGUCCCGGAACGGGUCGAUGGACCGACGGAAUCCACUACAGACGACGUUGCUGCCACGGUCACCGAAGACGAUCUCUACUUAGUAGAUACCACCACCACCACGCAGCAGAGCAUCAAAACGACGACACAUGAUCGGGUCCUGUUUACCGAUACGCCUGUCAUGGACGCUAUUACGAUCGUAUGGUACCUGGCCACCUUUAUCGCACUGAUAUCGUUCUUCCUGGUGAUGGCCUGUGCCGAUCAUAACCGCUGCCGGUCGCGCAAACCAUCGUCCAGCGAGCUGACUCCACCGCCGACACCGGCUCCCUCCUACCAUCACUUUGCACCGCCCAGCUACGAUUCGCUCGUGUUCGAGAAGGAUAACGACAGCAUAUUCAUCAUCCCGUACGAUACUCGCAUCGAUGGUGCCCAUCACGCACGGAGCGUUGACGAUCUGGCCAGCAAUCUGGAGUACAUCAUCGAAACACCGACGACGACGGCGGUACGCCAAGCACGAUCGCCCAGCCUGCGGUCAGUGCGUGUUAGUGAUAUUAGCGAAGGAAGUGACGCAGUGUCGGCGGGGAUUGCAGUAUCCAGCACGCCCGCAGUUCAAGAGCAUGACGCUACCGACCGGUGCUACGUCACCGUGCUGUGAAGGUCGUGCGCCAAUCGACAAACGGGCUCUAAAGUGGACAAAUAUCGUGGCUGCUUGAUUGGUUCAAGUGUGUGCAGCAGGGUGUGCCGAUUGAUUCGAGCCCCAAUCGGUUACUACGUAAUGCCUGACGCAAUGAUUCAGUACAAUGAUGAUAGGCUUGUUUGCCCAACGUGGGGAAAUAUGGUGCAGUGAUAGAGGAAAAGGAGUGUAAUCGGCAGCUCGUAAGCUUCCGGGUCACUGCAGGAAGGCUUGCGGUUUACACGCGGUGCUACUGUUGCUGCCCAUGACAAUAUCGAGCCCUUAUAUCGAGAUACACUAUACAGUAAGGUAGUGUAAGCGCGAAUCAACUCGAUCGAUAGUUACUACCGGCAACGGGCUUCAGUGAUAAGUUGUUAUCAAACGUGAUGGUUAGCGAGUGCAGUGAGGGUUCUCAGAAUCUGUGGAUUUGUAAAUAUUUACUAGCUUUGUAAGGUAAUGUUUAUGGACGUUUGAAAUAUAUAGAAUAUGUACUUUUUUUAAAAA